CCAUAAAUAUCAUGACAAAAUCCCUUUAAGUACAAAGGCCUGGGUCAGCCAGUGACUGUUUGGGCUAAGCCUUCUCUCCUACUACAGUCACUGCUACCUCUCAGCUCAUCCACUGUGGAUUUCUUGUGUGCUGGAGAACCAGGGAAUUUGUUAUUCACCGCAGCUUCUUUCUGUAACAGAAUGGACAGCUCAGAUGAAGAUGAUUUUUUAACUGCCGCAGAAAAAAAAGACCUUCUGACUGAAGCCUUGGAAGAAAUGAAAAGAAAAGUUGCACAGAUAAAAGAAAGCAACAGAAAUCAGAGAGCAGAAAUCGUGGCAGUAGAACGUGACGUCGAAUUCACUCGUAAAGAGCUAGAACAGCUGACGGUAGAAAAAGAAGCCCUGCAACUAGAAGCUGAAGGGUUAGAAGACCAACUGCAGAACUUAAAUCUAGAGAGUCAGAUGGUGGAACAGCAAUAUGAAGAGAUGCGUAAAAAAGUUGAACGUAUAGAAACUCUCAUAGAUCCACAAUUUCAAAAAUCAAUGCAAGUAGUACUCGAUAACUUGAACACAAUAGUAAACCUUUUGUAUCAAGAAGGCGUUAUCAGCGAUCAGCCCUGCCCCGAAUCAGAAUAUUUGCCAAUUACCCCGGUGCCAUCUGCCUCUGAAAGCUUGCCAUUGGUUGCGCCAAAAUAUUUGCCAAAGACCCCAGUGCCACCUGCCUCAAAAACUUUGCCUGAGGUCCAGCCAAAAUCUUUGCCAGUGACCCCAAUGUCAUCUACCACUAAAUGUUUGCCCGAGGUCCAGCCAGAAUAUUUUCCAAUUACCCCGGUGCCAUCUGCCUCUGAAAGCUUGCCAUUGGUUGCGCCAAAACCAUUUCCUAUUGCCCCGGUGCCAUCUGCCUCUGAAAGCUUGCCAUUGGUUGAGCCAAAGUAUUUGCCAAAGACCCCAGUGCCACCUGCCUCAAAAACUUUGCCUGAGGUCCAGCCAAAAUCUUUACCAGUGACCCCAAUGUCAUCUAUCACUAAAUGUUUGCCUGAGGUCCAGCCAGAAUAUUUGCCAAAGACCCCAGUGCCACCUGCCUCAAAAACUUUGCCUGAGGUCCAGCCAAAAUAUUUGCCAAUUACCCCGGUGCCAUCUGCCUCUGCAAGCUUGCCAUUGGUCCAGCCAGAAAUCUCAUCCACCAAGAAAAUGAAAAUAUCUGAAAUCGAAAUAGAGGAAGGAGAAUCAUCCAUCAAAAAACCAAAAAUGCUUAAAGAACACAUAAAAGAAACAGAAAUUUAUGAAAUAGAAGAAGGAGGAGAAGAACUAGUAGAAGAAGAAAGAGAAGAAAAAAAGCUGGAAGUGUCAGACCCAAAAUUAGGCAAAACCACAGAACUGUCUCCUUUUCUAAUUCCAUAUGUUCCAAAAAAGAAAUCUCCUAAUGACAAGUGGGCAAUUAAUUAUACAGCAUUUGUAAAUUAUUAUUUUCAAACAAAUUUUCAAGGAAAGUUUUCGCAACAAUUUAUAGACGAUUGCAUUCAGCAAGGCAGGGCCUAUAACAUUUUCCCCUCAUUGGCUAAACAAGCCGAUGAUACACAAGUGUAUACUAGGAUGGCAACUCUAAAAAGGCAAAUGGCAGAGAGCAAAAGGAAGACAGAAGAGAUGACAGUAAUGAAAACUGUAUAAACAUAUAAACACCACAGUAACACAAAAUAAACAACUGGGAAUUUAUCUCUUAUUCACUGGAA